AUGAACACAACACCUCGAUCACCCACACCAGAAUACAAACCCGACACCACUGGAGUGAUUGAAAAAGCACAGAAAAUACUAUUCAAAGAUAAAUUCACAAUUCUCACCGACAGUGACGCAACAGAUUUUUCGUUAGAAGUUGUAGAACAAUGUGAAAAUUUCUUCUUUGUUAUCGAGACGGAGAGUGAUUGUGUGAUCAUUUACUUUGGGGAUUUAAUUCGCGACAACCACACGACGACUGUUGGAAAAAGUCAUAUCAUUUAUUCCCAACGGUUGGAUAAGGUCUGGUCUUUGAAGGAUGACGUUAAAGUGAAGAUAUCUUAUAUCAAAAGGUGUGACAUAAUGUUUGCAUUAGGAAACAACGAUGGGUACUUUGUGUUAUCCAAACCCGGGUUAAAUAAUUCGCGAGUGUCAUGUUUGUCAAGACUUUACAAGGGGAUGUCUGACAAUGAAUUAUUUGGUGUUGGUGAGUUUCCAGACACCUUUACAAUCAAAUACUUUUGUGUUAUUCAAUGUUAA